AAUCUAUCUCCAUCUUGCCAACCGUCCUUAUGGGAAGAGGAGACUCAUCAGCAGUCGAUGCAGUAUGUGCCGAGAUGAGCAGUUCGGUCUCGUGCACCCAACGACUGUGGUCCAUCAGUGAGGAUUCCCUCAGAAGGUACGUGCAUUUUGCGAGUGAGUGCUGCAUACAGGAAUUGCUGUCUGCUUCGGACUCGAACAGGGUUGUCAAUGACCACGAUGGCUGGAAGGUUCUUGCCCGUCACAGUGGAGUAGAGAUAUCGAAGAAGCGUCGGUCUGGUUCACUUCACACCUUCCGCAGUCGCUGGUUGCUUCAAUCGGUCUCCCCCCAACAAUUUAUCACCUUUGCCAAUGCCAUCGAUGCUGCCAAGCAAUGGGACUCUGAUUUGGUAGAAGCCAAGUACAUAAAGGAGGAUCUGGAGGAUAACCUAAGCAUCAUCCGUCUCAGGUUCGGAGACAGCUCAAAACCCCUGUUUAAGAACAGGGAGUUCAUUGUCUAUGAGCGACGUGAAACCAUGGAUGAGGGGACCAUGGUCGUAGCUGUCGCUUCACUGCCAAAAGAGAUUGCUGCCGGAUUACACCCAAAGGGGAGUAAUUCAAUCCGUGGAGUGUUGCUGCAGUCGGGAUGGGUGGUGGAAAAGCUGGAAGAUGAUUCAUGUAUGGUCACGUACGUUGUGCGGUUGGAUCCUGCGGGUUGGCUGCCCAAGUGCUUUGUCAAUCGACUCAACACCAAGUUGGUUAUGAUCAUCGACAAUCUUAGGAAGCUAGCGCAAGCUAAUCCAAUUGAUGGCGACAUAUGAUGUAUUUUUAAAUGAUAAACGGGUUUUUUUUUUCUUUCCGGUAAUUU